AUGCCAAACCAGUUGUCUGUUCCUUUCAAGAAGACGUAUACGGCAGAGAUUCGACAAGCCGUCCGGGAGUAUCUAUUCAAGAACCACACAGAUACUCACCCUGACGCGUUUCGAUGGGACAUCAACCGCUGGGAAACCCUCCGCAAGGAUGGCGUCGGCGGUGUCGUUCACGUCGGCAAAGUGGAACCGUCACUGAGUUAUCACGCACAGCUUGUAUUUAUUAUGACGAAAUUGCCAGCCGAUAUCGGGCUAGAAAUAGCAUAUGCGCCAGUGUUUGCCUCUAGUGCGCUUCCAGUUACACUGUCGAAUCUGUUAUUCGAACGAGCUGGCGUCUUGUUCAAUAUCGGGGCCCUCGCCUCUCAAUUGGCCGCUGCAGAGGACCGCUCAACAACUCAGGGCCUCAAGCAGGCAAUCGCAUACUAUCAGAGUGCCGCGGGGACUUGGAAGUAUAUGGCUUCGUCUGUGGUAUCCCAGCUGAGAGCCUCUGUUGCUGAGGAUGACAUGCCCGCGGACCUUACGGAAGCAUUCGUCACAAGCCUAGAAUUGUUGAUGUUAGCGCAGGCACAAGAAUGCGUGUGGCAAAGGGCUGUAAUGGACAACUACAAGAACGGACUCAUCGCCAAAUUGUCCAUGAAGGUUUCCUCCCUAUACGGAGAGUCCCUCGUGGCCAUCAAAGGUGCCUCACCAUCCAUCCGGCAUAUGUUCCCUUCGCACUGGCAGGCCCAUCUUGAGACAAAGCAAUUACACUUCGAAGCCGCUGCAUACUACAGGAAGAGCGUGGAAGAUCUAGAAGCCAGCAGGUACGGCUAUGAAAUAGCACGGCUCACCGAAGCACAAGCCGCGGCCAAGAAGGGCCAUGAUGUCGCCCGCCGCGGUGGUGUCUCGCCGGCCGUCCUCCAGGACAUCAAGUCCCUUUGGGAUACAGUUCAGAAGAACUUCGCCCGCGCGGAGCGUGAUAACGACCUCAUCUAUCACCAAGACGUGCCAUCUGCAUCAGCCUUGCCGCAACUACAAGGCGUGUCUAUGGUCCAGUCUGCUGUUCACACAGCAUUGACGGACCCUAAGACUGCCAUCGGCGGUGACGGCGUGAUUUUUGCCGAGCUGCUCGGAUGGGGCGCAAGGGUUGCAAUAGACAUAUACAAUGACAGACGGCAGAACUGGAUCAAAGAUGAGGUGCUAGAUAGGGCUCAGCAGCUUGAUGACCUCACCACGAAAACCCUCGAGUCGCUCAAUCUCCCUGCAGCGCUGGAAGCGCUGGAGAGACCAGUAGGACUGCCCCCGAGUCUAUUGCAAAAGGCAGAAGAAGUAAGAGUGGAAGAUGGUCCGGCGAGGAUUGAAUCAUCGGUAGACAAUGUCCGGAAGCUCGCACAGCAAGACAUGGGUAUACUGGAUGAGGCCAUGGAUAUCCUUGAUCAAGAAGCGGAUGAAGACGAAACCAUCCGGGCUGAAACGAGUGUGGAUCGGCCCCCGUCCCACGAAGCCAACAUGGAGCUGAUUGGGAAGGCCGAGCGCUACCGGAAUAUUAUGGACCAGGCGUCAGAAAGCGACGGGCAUGUCAGGCAGAAGUGGGAUGAUUGGGAGAAGAAUAUCGUAGAACUGACCUGGGAUGAGGCACAGCUCGAGGCGUCCAUCCCAUCAUCAACAGUGUCGCUUUCCCCAUCCUCGAGGUCCGGCGCCAAUCCGACGCAGACACACGCGCGCGCUCUGCGGGUGCUUCUCGAGUCUCUGGAUGACGUGACGCGAAAACGAGAAGACCAUGUCAGGCGUGCCACUCGUCUUGCGGAGUCUGAGGAUAUCAGCCCUCGGAUCAUCAAAGCAGCUAAUGCCAUUGCACAGUGGGUAGAAGUUCAGCCGGCGAAAUUCGAAGAUGUGCUGGAAGAAGAGCUUGUAAAAUAUGAGAAGUUCCGCGUCGGUGUGGAAGAGACGGCGCGCGGACAGGAGUCGCUUCUGCAGCAGAUCAAGGAGCGGAACGAGAUGUUCAUACAGUCUCGCAGAGAAGAUACAAGUGUCAAGGAGCGCGAACAUGCCUUGCAGUCCUUGGAUCUCGCGUAUCACAAGUACAAGGAGAUCACACGAAAUCUUGACGAGGGUCUGAAGUUCUAUAACGACUUCGCAGCCAUUUUAACACAAUUUAGGGAUACGUGUAAAGAUUGGGUCAAUAUGCGCAAGCGCGAGAUUCACAAUCUGACCAGGGCAAUGAGUUCAAUGACCCUAACACCGCCCGCAACGCCCGCUUCCCCUCCAAGGAACAUUUCUACGCAACAUCCAGAAGACGUACAGCCUUCAACGCAGCUUGCCCGUCAGGCGGUGUUGGAUCUUCCUCCUCCGGAUUCGGACGAGUGGGAGAGCAUGGUGUUGCCUCCUGCGCGUCCGUCCUUGCAUGGCACGAAGCAACGCCCAUAA